CUAAGUGACAGCAGGGAAAGGGGACCUUGGGACAUAUAGCGACGCAGUCUUUUCGGGAUGCCAUGGCGGAGAUGGCGGCUGGAUCGUCUUUUGGCGUGGCGGAGAUUGAGGCGGCUGUUGUGACCUCAACAGCGGCGGCGCCUUCUGCUCCGGCGCCCCUUCCCACCUGCGUCGAGCUGCCUUCUUUUGAGACUGCGCGAGCACUGGCGGAGAACCGCUACUCUUGUCUUGUGGUGGUGUCGCAUCGGAGGCAUAUCGCGCUCCCGCCGCGCUUCCUGAAUCGCAAACGGACCGGGAUUUGCGCGCAGUUAGAUGCUGAACUGCGCCGUUACUCAGAUAGUUUUCAAGGUGUUCCUGUGGCUUAUGAUGAUAUUAAAAUAACUAAAGAACUGGGUGAUAUAAUUGAUGACAUUGGGGCCAUCCAUCUGGAUAUAGAAGCUACUUUUGUUGUUUUUCAGCCUAAACCAGGGAAAAAACUUGUGGGUAUAAUUAAUAAAGUGGCACCUAGCCAUAUUGGCUGUCUGGUUCAUGAAUGUUUCAAUGCUUCUAUACCCAAACCAGAUCACAUAUCAACAGAAGAUUGGAAAAACUUUGGUUUUCAAAUAGGUAAUAGGUUGGUAUUUAAGGUGCUGCAUUUUGAUUCAGACGCUGCUGGAGUUUUCUGCAUCCGAGGAAAGCUGUGUAAAAACAGUCUUGGAGAAGAGAUGCUGAAGGAAAAGUGCAAGAAAAAAUAUGAAAAACAUUGUGAUGUACAUAAUGGCUCAGAGGAGAUGGAAGUUGAUAUAUCAAGUGUUGGGAUAGAAGACAGAGAAAUGCAUAAUGGUGAUGAUGAAGAUGAUAAUAAUAUAUUUGAUAAGCCCGAAAGAGAGAAUGGGCAAGAUGGAGCAGAGGUGGGAAUGCAUGCCAGUGACUCAAGUGGUUACCAUAGUGAUCAUGGUAAAUCUAAGAAAAAGAAAAGAAAACUUUUUGAGGAGGAAAAUGGACUCCCUGGUUUGUCAAAAGCUAAAGCUAAAAAGAAGAGAAAAGAGUGAGAAAGUCUGAAUAAUACCAAUGUGCCUUACCUGUAUUUGGAACUCUUCUAUCAGUAAUAUUUUGACAUUUUUAUUGCAUUUUAGCAUCUCUAAUUGAUGUCUGAAAAUUCCAUUGUAGAUGCUGGACUUCAGUAAUGCCUAAAAAUAAUAAAUAAUAUGAGAAAAGACA